GGCGUCGCGACAGACCCCUAUAAAACCUCACCCCGGCCGGGCGGACCGUGACAGUUCCGGAACGAACGCCGAGCACACGACACGUCUCCACUGGCGCAACCACGAUACCAAGAAAAAAAGUGUACUCACUCGAAGAUUAGAAGAGACUGCAAUAUUUACGAAAAAAACAAAAUAACCAACAAGUGAACCAUGAAGUUAUCAACUGCCUUAAACGCGGCUGUCCUGGCGACCAUGGUCGCGUGCCUAGCAUGGCCUGCCACGGCUCAGGUGUACAACAUGAACCGGUACGGCAAACAGCAGUUGACCCAAAAACAGUAUCGAUAUGGAAACCCGACAUGGGCGAACGGAGCUAACCGGGCUGGAGGUUGGGCGUCAUCGUCUUACGGAAACAUGAUGAGACAUUAUCCGGUGUCGAUGGCCCGAUACGGAGCGAUAAUGGGUGGCGGCAGACAAACGCUGUCACCUGACGACUAUUACGAUGGCGAAGCUAGAGGAUCGGUCGCGUACGACCCCAGCCCCAGACGGUACGAUCGGUUGGACUACGCAGUAGUUAGGUAUCCGAGUUACGGUGGUGGUUACGGUGGUUAUGGUGGUUACAGUUAUUAUCCGAUGACCAGUCUGGCUGCUUCGGGUGGUAGCGGUGGUGUUGUAGUUGACGACGAUCUGUUGUAUGACGACGAUGACGAUGACCGUGACCGCGACCGCGAUGACGACGAUGAUGAAGAUAUGUUGUUUGGGGAUCGCGCUGGUCAAAUUGCUGCGUCAAGGUAUCCAAUGACGGACAAGAUACACAAUUUCCGGAAGGUGUUUAUGUCAAACCUCGUGUCACCAUCCAACGCGUUCAAGUCACCCAAAGAACGGCAGCUAUACGACUUUUGGGAAUCACUGAUCAAUGGAGACCUGGACGACAUGCAGCAGACAGACGACACCAUCGGACAACCACGUCUAGACCGAGAUCGGCAGCAGCAUCAGUCACCACUCGACUUUGGGUCCACCACUUCGUUGCUCUAUCAACAUCUGCCUCCGAUAUUUCUCAAGCUGCAGCAACAGCAGAAACAGAAGCUACAGAACAAACAGCACCUGCUGAAGCAGCACUACAAGUCGGUUGACGAACAGACACCGCCACCACCACUGCCCCCGCCAGCAUCAUCAUACUUGGCGUCAUCGUCGCCGGUGCAGACCGUACCACGAGGAAAUUUCUACAAACAGUGGGCGAACGGAUCUCCACUAAUCAAGAGGUCUUCGGCUGGUGGAGUCCAGCAGACAAUAUCAUCAUCGUCAUCAUCAUCAUUAUCUUUGGACAACGACGACGUACGGCAGUUGCGAGAGCUAAAAUCUAACAACGGUGCCACCAAUAAGACAGCAACGGCGACAACAAUGACCACGUCGACCACUACAACCACUUCCACGGUCGCCGGUAUGAGUACUGCGGCAGCGCCAUUGCUGCCCAUGGCGGACGGAGGACAGAGAGAGUUCGUGCUGCCCAGACCGGCGGGUGAGAAGUUGGAUUUCGAAAAUCUGUUGGAGGUGUUCGCCGAAGGUGGUCUUCGUGGAAAUUACGGCGAUAACAGCAAUUUUUCAAAAGAAGCUAAAGUGAAUAAGAAAAGAUCAUUCGUUUCCGAUGAGACGUCAUUGGCAGCUCAACUUGGUGCGCUUCGAAAAAAUUAAAAAUGCCAUUCUAUAUUGUUUGAAGAAUGAAUGUGUGAAGUUCGUCAAAGCGGAGUAUACUAAAAACUAUAUGAUAAUAGUAGUGUAAAUAAUACAUUUUCUUUUAUUCGAUACGUUCGCUUACGUGUA